UCGUUUCAAUUGAACGUUUGAAAUCUGGUAUACUGAAAAACGGCAUGGUUUCGGUAGGCGAAUAUGAAAUGUCAUUAGAUGAACAUUGGGAAUAUCCCCGACAAAAUUUACGCUUGGGGGACACUUUGGGUGAAGGCGAAUUUGGGAAAGUAGUGCAAGCCGAGGCGAAGGAUAUUUGGAAACAUGGAAAUGACCUUGUAACAGUGGCAGUGAAAAUGCUCAAGGAUGAUCACUUGGAUUCAGACAUGAUAGACUUGGUAUCUGAAAUGGAAUUGAUGAAAUUACUUGGAACCCACCAGAACAUCCUUCGACUUCUCGGCUGCUGCAGCCAAGGAGGACCAUUGCUUGUAAUUACAGAAUACGCUCGGAAUGGAAACCUCAAGAAUUUUCUUCGUAAAUAUCUUCACCAUUCCAUCAAAAUAGAAGAAAAUACUCUCUUGACUUAUGCUCGUCAAAUUGCGCAAGGAAUGGUUUAUCUGUCUUCAAUAAAAUGUAUUCAUCGAGAUUUGGCGGCUCGCAAUAUCCUUGUAACUGCUCAGUACACGAUGAAAAUAGCCGAUUUUGGUCUUGCCCGAGAUGUGAAACAUACUGAAUACUACAAGAAGACAUCAAAGGGUCGACUACCUAUAAAAUGGAUGGCACCCGAAGCUUUAUUUCAUAACCGAUACACAACGCAAUCUGACGUCUGGUCUUUCGGCGUAUUGCUUUGGGAGAUUAUAACGCUGGGUGAUGAUCCGUAUCCUUCAAUCGAGGAUCUUGCUGGACUGCGUAACGCUUUAAAGCAAAAUUAUCGAAUGGAAAAGCCCGCAAACGCAUCUACAAACGUAUACAAUUUGAUGAUGGAUUGCUGGAGUUUUAAACCGGAAGAUCGUCCAAAUUUCUUAUCAGUAGUAGAACGCUUAAAAGAAUUGGUGACUGAUGCUAGGCCUAAGAGCACGUUUAAAAAUGAAAAUAUCACGACUGACGAUGUUAUAUUGUAUUUCCUAACUCGGUUUGAUACCGGAUGGUAUACGUGCUUAAAUCUGUCGACAGAGGGAUACCCAAAGGUCACUUGCAGCAUUUGGUUGGAAGUCAGAUGUGGAGGAAACCGUAUUGUACUAGAAGGAACUCCAAAUCAAGCUAUAGAACUAUGCUGCUCAGAUGAACUCAACUUGAUCUGGUAUUCAACAUGGUUCGUUAAUACUACAAGAGAAACGACUACUACAAUGGAAAGACAAGUUGAAUCGGGAUUUUGUGCUGACCAUGCAAUACCUGAAAUCACCUAUCUAGAUGAAGGCUUAUACGAAUGCCAAAUGCUGCAGAAUUCAAUAUGGAUGACUAUCGGUGUUUUUCACUUGAAAAUCUGGAAUGGUGACUGA